CGCCGUUAUCAGCAGAGGGGAAAAAAAUCCCCACCGUCGCCAUAAUACAGCAGCAGCGGAAACGGCUGAGAAGUGGCUAGAAAACAAAAGAGAGCACGCAGUCGUCCUCGCCAUUUGGUAUGCUCUUGCAGUGUUACAGGAAUGCCCAAGGAAAAAUAUGACCCGCCGGAUCCCAGGCGGAUGUACACAAUAAUGCCCAGCGAGGAGGCAGCCAAUGGGAAGAAGUCAUAUUGGGCUGAGCUGGAAAUUAGUGGUCGAGUAAGAAGUCUCAGCACUGCCCUGUGGUCUCUCACCCACCUCACUGCCCUGCACCUCAGUGACAACUCGUUGUCACGCAUCCCGCCAGACAUUGCCAAACUUCACAAUUUGGUGUACUUGGAUCUUUCAUCCAACAAGAUCAGGAGCCUGCCGGCAGAGCUCGGCAACAUGGUGGCUCUCAGGGAACUGCUUUUAAAUAACAACCAGUUGCGGGUUCUGCCGUUUGAAUUGGGAAAACUGUUUCAGUUACAAACACUGGGGUUAAAAGGAAACCCACUUGCACAAGAAAUUAUGAGCCUCUACCAGGAACCUGAUGGCACGAGAAGACUGCUCAACUACUUGUUAGACAAUCUGGCUGGGGCUAUCAAGCGCAUUCCAACAGAGCAGCCUCCAGCCCGAUCGUGGAUUUCUCUCCAGGAACCAGACCGAGCACGGGCAUCAGCACUAUUCUCUGUCAUGUGCUACAACGUGUUGUGUGAUAAGUACGCCACAAGGCAGCUGUACGGCUACUGCCCCUCUUGGGCUCUAAACUGGGAAUACAGGAAGAAGUCCAUCAUGCAAGAGAUUAUGGGCUGCAAUGCGGACAUCAUCAGUUUGCAGGAAGUGGAGACAGAGCAAUACUACAAUUAUUUCUUGCCUGAGCUGAAGGAGCAGGGUUAUGAUGGGUUCUUCAGUCCAAAGUCACGAGCUAGGACCAUGUCAGAGUCGGACCGCAAACAUGUGGAUGGGUGUGCAAUUUUCUACAAGACAGAAAAGUUUAGUGCAGUGCAGAAACACACAGUGGAGUUUAACCAGCUGGCAAUGGCUAACUCAGAGGGCUCAGAGGCCAUGUUGAACCGCGUGAUGACGAAGGACAACAUCGGGGUUGCCGUACUGCUCGAAGUCCGCAAAGAAAUGAUGGAAGUCUCAUCUGGAAAGUCACUGCACGGCAUGGAGAAGCAACUGCUGCUGGUAGCCAACGCCCACAUGCACUGGGAUCCGGAAUACUCUGAUGUUAAGCUGGUUCAGACCAUGAUGUUCCUGUCAGAAGUGAAGAACAUUGUGGACAAGGCGACGCGCAGCCUCAAGUUGUCCUCUGUCUCUGGUGAAACCAAUGGCAUUCCACUGGUGCUCUGCGCUGACCUCAACUCUUUGCCUGACUCUGGCGUGGUGGAGUACUUAAGUACUGGUGGAGUUGACUGUACCCACAAGGACUUCAAGGAGCUUCGCUACAGUGACAGUCUGACCAAAUUCAACUGCAACGGCAAGAACAGCACGUCGAACGGCAGGAUCACCCACGGCUUCAAGCUGAAAAGCGCUUACGAGAACGGCCUGAUGCCUUACACCAACUACACAUUUGACUUCAAGGGUGUCAUCGACUACAUUUUCUACUCCAAGCCUCACCUGAACGUCCUGGGCAUCCUGGGCCCUCUGGAUCCUCACUGGCUGGUAGAGAACAAUGUCAGCGGCUGUCCGCACCCUCACAUCCCCUCUGACCACUUCAGUCUUUUCACCCAGUUGGAGCUGCUCUUGCCCAACGUGCUCCCCCAGGUCAAUGGUCUCCAUUUGCCUGCACGCAGGUAGUGAGUCCAUGCCACUCCACUGGGGGGGAGGGGGGAGGGGGGCUCUCUGCCCUCCCACGACCAGCUCUUCCCUCUGCCACCCCCAGAGGAGAGCGGCAAAAAAAAAACAAAAAAAAAAACACAACCUGUAAAAUACUCAUACAGUGAGGUCUGGCCAACAGGGAUUUCGUAUGAU